AAGAAGAAGCAGCUGAUCACCUGACUGAGCUAAAGCGAGCAGAGGAUCUUCUUCAUCUUCUUCUUCAUCAGUGAGGCUCCAUGGCGUUCAUCACGGCCAACUGGAACCCGCUGGGAGAAGCUUUCUACCGUAAGCUCGAGCUGUAUGAGAUGUGUUGGAACCUGAGGGACGGACUCCGAGACAGUCUGGUGGCUGCAGCUCCUUAUGGAGGUCCAAUAGCUCUACUCAGAGAACCUCACAGACGUUCUCCCAGUUCUCGUCCUCAGUUGGAGAUUUAUUCUGCGUCUGGAGUCGGCAUCGCCAACUUCCCCUGGAAGAGUGGUCCGGUGGUCCAGCUGGGUUGGACGGUCAGUGAUGAGCUGUUGUGUAUUCAGGAGGACGGAUCGGUUCUGAUCUACGAUCUGUUCGGAUCAUUCAAGAGACACUUCAGUAUGGGACAGGAAGUGGUCCAGAGUCAGGUGUUGGAAGCCAAAGUGUUCCACUCUCCUUAUGGAACAGGGGUCGCCAUAGUAACGGGCUCCUCCCGCUUCACCUUGGCAACCAACAUUGAUGACCUGAAGCUCCGAAGGUUACCUGAAGUCCCAGGUCUACAAGGGAAGCCGGUCUGCUGGGUCGUCCUCACUCAGGACAGACAGACUAAAGUCCUCCUGUCCACCGGACCUGAACUCUACAUCCUGGACAACACGUCCUGUACUGCUGUGAGUCCUCCAGGUCUCGGUCCUCAGGCUGGCAGUAUCGUCCACAUGUCUGUGUCUUUCAGCUAUAAAUACCUGGCUCUCUUCACUGACUCUGGACACCUGUGGACUGGCCCCUCCCAUCUCCAGGACAAACUGAGUGAAGUCGACACCAAAAAGACGACACCUCCCAAACAGAUGGUGUGGUGUCGCAGACCAAAGAGUCAGCAGCCGUCUGUGGUGUUGAUGUGGGACAGACUGCUCAUGGUGGCCGGAGUCUGUCACGACACCAUCCAGUUCCCCAUAGAGGACCAGUGUGUUUUGGUCGGAGAGCUGGACGGAGUUCGUAUUAUCAGCUCGACCAAUCAGGAGCUGCUUCAGGAGGUUCCACUGGUCUGCCAGGACAUCUUCAAAAUCGCUUCCAUGGCUCCUGGAGCUCUGCUGCUGGAGGCCCACAGAGAGUACGAGAAGUCGAGUCAGAAGGCUGAUGAGUAUCUGAGAGAGAUCAAGGAGCAAAGCAUGCUGGGAGAAGCAGUCCGACAGUGCGUGGAGGCAGCAGGACACGAAUACGACACAAACACCCAGAAAUCCCUGAUGAGGGCGGCAUCCUUUGGGAAGUGUUUCCUGACCGACUUCAGUCCGGAUCCGUUUGUGUCGACCUGCAGAGAACUCCGAGUUCUGAACGCCGUCAGAGAGAGCAGCGUGGGGCUACCACUCACUCACACUCAAUUCAAACAGAUGACUCUACAGGUGCUGAUCGACAGGUUGGUGUAUCGACAGUUUUAUCCGUUAGCGAUAGAAAUGUGUCGUUACCUGAAGAUUCCAGAUUAUCAGGGAGUUAGCAGAGUCCUCAAACACUGGGCUUCAUGCAAGGUGCAGCAGAAGGACCUAUCAGACGAGGCUAUAGCCCGUGCGGUGUGUGUGAAGGUGGGAGACUCACCUGGAGUUUCUUACUCGCACAUCGCAGCUAAAGCUUAUGAAUGUGGACGCACCGAGCUCGCCAUCAAGCUGUUGGACUUUGAGGCUCGGUCAGGAGAGCAGGUUCCUCUGCUGUUGAAGAUGAAGAGGAGUCAGUUGGCACUCAGUAAAGCUGUGGAGAGUGGAGACACUGACCUAGUUUACACCGUGGUGACGUACCUGAAGAACGAGAUGAACAGAGGGGACUUCUUCAUGACUCUGAGGAACCAACCGGUGGCACUGAGCCUCUACAGACAGUUCUGUAAACUUCAGGAACAAGAAACUCUGAAGGAUCUCUAUAAUCAGGACGAUGACCACCAGGAACUCGCCAACUACUACGUCACUGCUAGUUACAGAGAGAAGAGGUUAGAGAACCGUCUGUCUCUGCUGCAGAGCGCUGUGGACGAGUACAACAAGGCCAAGAACGAGUUCUCUGCAAAGGCCACAGAGGAGGAGAUGCGUCUCCUACGUUUCCAACGCAAACUCGACGACGAGAAAGGGGCGGGGCUACUGGAACUAUCUCUGCAGGCCACCAUGGAGGCUCUGCUGGCUCUAGGACUCCACAAACAGGCAGAACAGCUGUACAGAGACUUCAGAGUACCUGACAAAAGGUAUUGGUGGUUAAAACUGAAGUCUCUGGCGGAGAAGGAGGAGUGGGAGGAGUUGGAGAAGUUCUCGAAGAGCAAGAAGUCUCCCAUUGGCUACCUGGCGUUUGUUGAAGUUUGCAUGAAGAGCAACAACAAGUACGAAGCCAAGAAGUAUGUUUCCAAGGUAACACCUGAGCAGAGGGUCAAAGCUCACCUGGCCAUCAGUGACCUGGAGGGAGCUGCCGACGCCGCCAUCGAGAGAAAGAAUGAUUCCGAGAUGGGGGCGGUCCUCUCCAGAUGCUCCGCCUCCGACCGCCUGUUGAUUGACAGGUUGAACCGAGCCAGAGCCACUGCUGCCAAAAAGUGAUCCUCCAUUCAGAGUGGAUGAAGAGAGGCAGCAGAUGGUCUGCUGCCAAAAAGUGAUCCUCCAUUCAGAGUGGAUGAAGAGAGGCAGCAGAUGGUCUGCUGCCAAAAAGUGAUCCUCCAUUCAGAGUGGAUGAAGAGAGGCAGCAGAUGGUUUGCUGCCAAAAAGUGAUCCUCAGAUAAGAAACCUUCAUUUGCUUUAAUGUCAGAAGUGAAGCAGCUGAUCAUAUUAUUGAUCCAUGGUGAUGAAUAAUGAUGUGACUAUUGAUCACCAAGCUGAUGUGUUAACGUUUUCUUCUUCUGUGGUUCCCUCUGAGCUCUUAAUUACCCCCCCCCCAUCAGGACCUUUGACCUCACCCAGUCUGAGUUUAGCUUCUGUUCUUAUCGGCCUUCCUUUAUUGAUCUCUGAUCAUUUGAUUCAGACUUGUCUACUUCAUUUCCUGUUGCAGCUUCAAAUUAAAAGCCUUCCACCAGAGAACCAUUGGGAUGUUUUAUUGUGAAGAGACUACAGGAGGAGUGUUGUUGUUGAUGAUGCGUUUACUGACCUUUGUUCUGCAGACUUUUAUAUUCUGCGUGUCUCUUUAUUUCCUGACUUAACUGUGAAACGAGUUUUCUUUUAUUUGGAGUUUUACUGUCAAUACAAAGUUAAUCUCAUGGUCUUCUUCACUGGAUCACAUGACGUAAGUUUAUAUCAAAUGUUGUAUUAAUAAGUGUUAACAUGAAAUAUAAUAUUCUAAAGAUAAAUUAAUUAGUAAACGGUAAUAAAGUUAUUGAUAAGU